AUGGUUAGAUCAGCCGCACGAUGCUUCCAAGAGGCCCGGCCAUAUCUGUGGGCUGACCACAUUUACUCGCCAUCGUCCACAACACCUGGAGGGGCCCUGACGCCAUUUGCUAUCGCGCGUGACGUGUUCCGGGCUUUUUUUGGUUCUGACCACCCUGGUUGCGAAAAUGGUCAGAUGCUAUCAAUGCUAUCACCGAGCAUUUCAGGCCACGGUUACCUGUCAGCACUUCGUGACGUGAAUAUUGAUCUGGUCCCCAAUCUAGGUGCGGAUCGCACAUGUGCAGACACCCCCACGGGGCUGUUGACAGCCCCACUGGGAUCUAGAUCCCCGUCUCCGAGCUCGGUCAGUCAUUAUUCUCGAUCGGUCAGUGGCGGAAGCAGUCAUACUCCGCCACCAAAUCAGCCUGGGAACUUACCCGAUCCACCUGAUGGGCUGAAUGUUCCUAUCCCACCCUCCUCGACCAUCUUGAUUGAUACGGUUCUUCGUGAACUGGAGUAUCCUUCUGACAGUCGUGCGCCCGCAGGCCUAGGCCUGUUAGGACAUUCGGUCCAGCUCACGCCGGUUGACGUGCAAAACAAUCUGGAGCAGUACCGGUACCAUGCAACCGGGCCGGCAGCAGUUGUAUAUCAUUAUGACGUGCCGCCGACGAUCUAUCAGUUGCCGCUACUUCGUGCCGAGCGUCAGUUCAUGACCGCUAUUGUAGCUACGAACUGUGACUGUUGGUAUGCCGUUUAUGAAGCAGGCUUGUUGUGUAUUCUCGAGCCAAAAGACAUUUUGCCAUGGCUGGGGAAGAAGUUGGUAGUAUAUGGUGAGCAGAAAUAUUGGCACCAAGCAAAAUGCGGGAAUUUCCCCAAGUACGUUGAGUAA